UUGCUGCUUGCAAGCUUUAAAUUGGCUCUGAGCCUGUAUGAGGGGGGAUCAGAGGAGGUCAGAAUUGUGGCUUCACCUAUGAAAUGUAGCCUGCGGGGUUCAGAUCAUCUACCUGCAUUCGCAAUGAAUGGGGACUUCAUCAUCGGGGGUGUUUUUUCAAUCCACUACAAGGAGCUCACAGAAACAGACAACUACACCACUGUGCCUGAACCACCGAGCUGCGCAAGGGGCAUAAACAGUCGUGAACUGCGCUUCUCUCGAACAAUGAUCUUUGCAAUUAAGGAGAUCAACAACAGCACAGAGCUGCUGCCAGGUGUCAAACUUGGUUAUCAGAUCUAUGAUUCAUGUGCCUCUGUGCCCAUGGCCAUGCAUGCAGCAUUUCAGCUGUCCAACAGGCAGGACCCUGCGUUUCAGACAGGUGAUAAUUGCUCUUCAUCUGGAAUGAUAGUUGCUGUUGUUGGGGAGUCCGGUUCCACCCCAUCCAUUAGCAUCUCACACAUUUUUGGGCCCUUCAACAUACCUCUUGUAAGCCACUUUGCCACUUGUGCCUGUCUGUCAGAUAAAGACCAGCAUCCAACAUUUUUCAGAACAAUUCCCAGUGAUCAAUUUCAAGCCGAUGCACUGGCGAAGCUAGUGAAACAAUUUGGUUGGAGUUGGAUAGGAGCUAUUCACUCAGAUUCAGAUUAUGGUAAUAAUGGAAUGGCGUCUUUUCUAAGUGUAGCACUCAGAGAGGGGAUCUGUGUGGAGUACAUUGAAUCUUUCUAUCGGACGGACACAACCAGCAAGAUUCGCAGAGUAGCUAAUGCCAUCCGCAGGUCAACAGCAGUGGUUGUAGUAGCAUUUGCAGCUGCUGGUGAUAUGAAGUUCCUCUUGGAGGAGCUGGCGCAGGACCCUCCGCCGCCUCGUCAGUGGAUUGGAAGUGAAUCCUGGAUUACUGACCCUCACCUUAUGAGCUUUAGUUUUUGUGCAGGGGCCAUUGGAGUUGCCAUUCAACAAUCUGUCAUCCCAGGUCUUAGAGACUUCCUUAUAGAUCUCUCUCCUUCUGAAGUGCCUGUCUCCUCAGUACUUACUGAAUUCUGGGAGGAUGCAUUUAACUGCAGCUUUACAAAAAGUACAACCAUAAAGGGUAAACUUUGUGAUGGAACUGAAGACUUAAAGACACUAAAUAAUCUCUAUACUGAAACUUCUAAAUUUAGAAUUACUAACAUGGUGUACAAGGCUGUCUAUGCAAUAGCACAUGCUAUUCACAAUGCAUUGUGUCAGGAAAAAGAGUCAACCACUCGUUGUGACAAACACAUCACACUGGAGCCCAAACAGAUUUUCACCGAAUUAAGGAAGGUGAACUUUUCUAGAAAUGGUUAUCAUGUAUCUUUUGAUGAUAAAGGAGAUCCUCCAGCUUUUUAUGAGCUGGUGAACUGGCAGAACAAAAAGAAUGGAGCUAUUGAGCUCAUAACAGUGGGGUAUUAUGACGCAUCACUGCCCAAAGGCCAGGAGUUUCUUAUCUACAAAAAUAUAACCUGGGUGGAAGGGAGCAUACAAGCACCAGUAUCAGUUUGCUCUGAGAGUUGUCGUCCAGGAACUCGUAAAGUGUUACAUAAAGGAAAACCCAUCUGCUGCUAUGAUUGUAUACCUUGUCCAGAAGGAGAGAUUAGCAAUAUGACAGAUGCUCCGGAUUGUAUCCCUUGUCCCAGAGAAUUCUGGCCCAACUCAGUGAACACUGAGUGUUUUCCAAAACCUGAGGAGUUUCUUUCCUUUGAUGAAAUUCUGGGAAUAAUCUUGGCUGCGUUUUCAGUUAGUGGGGCCUGCAUGGCCAUCAUAACAGCAGUAGUUUUCUUUUAUCACAGGACAACUCCAAUUGUCAGAGCUAACAACUCUGAACUGAGCUUCCUACUGCUCAUGUCUGUGACUCUGUGUUUUUUAUGUUCAUUAACAUUCAUUGGAGCACCUUCUGAGUGGUCCUGCAUGCUGCGGCACACAGCGUUUGGCAUCACCUUUGUUCUCUGUAUUUCCUGUGUUCUUGGAAAAACUAUAGUUGUUUUAAUGGCUUUUAAAGCAACACUUCCAGGCAACAAUGUUAUGAAAUGGUUUGGUCUUCCGCAACAAAGAUUGACAGUAGCGUCAUUUACAUUUAUUCAGGUAAUAAUAUGUAUUGUUUGGUUGGUUGUAAGUCCUCCCUUCCCAAUGAAAAAUCUGAACACCUACAAGGAGAAGAUCAUCCUGGAAUGUGCAUUAGGCUCUGCUGUUGGUUUCUGGGCUGUCCUUGGCUACAUCGGUCUACUUGCUGUGGUUUGCUUUGUUUUAGCUGCUCUAGCUCGGAAACUACCUGAUAAUUUCAAUGAAGCAAAGCUGAUCACCUUCAGCAUGUUGAUAUUCUGUGCUGUCUGGAUCACCUUCAUCCCAGCAUAUGUCAGCUCUCCUGGAAAAUAUACAGUGGCUGUGGAGAUAUUUGCCAUUUUGGCCUCCAGCUUUGGAAUGAUGCUGUGUAUAUUUGCUCCGAAGUGUUUCAUCAUUUUAUUUCAACCAGAAAAAAACACCAAGAAAUAUUUAAUGAACAAAAACUGAUUUGACAUAACACCAUUUCUUAUCAUAAUAAAUGAUUAUGAAUGUCAAUUUUUUUUCAAGCUAAUCACUGUUUUCCUACAGGUUUUUUACUCUCUUUGAUUAUUUUCAAUUGCCAAA